AUGCAGGCUCCUUCAUUCAAGCCAAUUUAUGAAGUUAUUAGAAUUAAGAAAAAAGAUAAGGUAGAUAUAAAUACAGAUUUAUAUAAAAAAUUUUUAGAUAUAAGAAAAAAAGCUAAUAUAGAAUUAAAAAAUAAAAAUGUAAAAAUAAUUAUCUAUGAACAUAUAGAGUAUAAUGAAGAACAGAAAUUAAAUGAUGGAGAUAGCAACAAUAGUAGUUACUUAAGCGAUGGAGAAAAAAAACAAGAACCUUUUGAUUUAGAAGAAAAAAAAAAAGUUGAUAAAAAAAAGAUAAAGAGUAAUGAAAAUAUAAGAAAUAAAAAAGGAAAGGAAAAAGACAUACACAAAUCAAAAAAUGGGAUAUCACAUAAUAUAUUAUUAAAUGAUAAUAAAACAGAAAAUAAUGAGAAAGAUAAAGAAAAAGAUAGCAAGCAAAUUAAUAAUAAUAAUAAUUUAGAAAACAUUGAAAAAAACAAUGAAAAUUUAAAAAAAACAAAAAAUGAAUAUAAUGAUAUAGUAAAAGAAAGAAAAAAAAAAAAUAUAUUAGGAACAGUUAAAAUAUUAUAUAAUUUUUAUGUUAAUUUAUUUGAUAAAUUAAAAGAAGAUAUAGAAAAUAUUAAAAACAAUACAUCUAAUAAUAAUAUUGAUUUAUUUAGAGAUAUGAAUUUGUAUACAAAUUACAUAUCCUUGUUUGAUAUUAUAAAUUUAUGUGAAGAUUUAAAAAUUAUAAAAAAUUUUCUUAAUUCAAAAAAAGAAUGUGAAUUAAUAUGGAUACUCACAGUUAAUUAUUUUGAUAGAAUUAAAGAAAAUGUUUUUGAAAAAUAUAAAAAUAAAAUUGAUGUAUCCUAUAAAAAAGAAAAUAUAGUAAUACAAGUAAAAGAUACUGAAUCAAAUAUAAGUACCUCUGUGACAGAAGAAAAAAAUGAGAUAAAGAAAAAUAUUGAAGAUGAAACUUCGAAAAAGGAGGAAGAAGAAAAAAAAAACAAAAAAACAAAAAUAGAAAAUAAUGAAGAAACAUAUAAAGAUGAUGAAAGUAGAAAAGGUAAUGAAGAUCAUAGAAAUAUAAAAAGAAAUAACUCUGUUAAAAAAAGUGAAGAAAAAGAAGAGAAAAAUAAUAAUAAAAUUGAUUGUAAUUGUAAUAUUGAUAAUUUAGAAAAAGAGAAAAAGAAAGAAAAAAUAAAUUAUAGUAAUAUAGAAGAAAAUAAUAAUAUAAAGGAUUAUAUUUAUGAAAAAUGUUCUGAAAAAGAAAAUUCUAUAAUGUUUAGAAAGGUAAACUUUUUUAUUUUUGUAUAUAUAAUAAUUUAUAUUAUAAAAACAAGUACAAGAAAAAUAAAAUCAAUAAAUGAUGACAUAAGAAAAGUUAGAACUUUCUUUUUUUUUUUAAAUUUAUAUGAAAAAAAAAAGACAAUAGAAACAUUAACAAAUAUAUAUAAAGAUAAAUAUUUGAAUUUUUAUCAAAAUUUUAAUGGAAUAAAGGAUAUAGAGGAACACAGAAAAAGGAAAAUAUUUUGUCAUAAAUUUUCUUUUUAUAAUAUCAAUAAAAUUAUAAAUAAAAGAGAAGACUUAAUAACUCUUAAAAAUAUAUCCAAGCAACAUGAUAACUCUUAUAUUUCAACUAAAAGUGAAAGUAAAAAUGUUAAUGAAAAUGAUACAUUAAAUUUUGAUAAUACAUUGAAUGAAAAAACUAAUAAAUUUGAAAAUAGUGAAGAGAAUAAAAAAGUAGAUUUAUGUAAUUAUGAAGUAACUAAUUAUAUAGAAACAUCUGAAUUAAAAACUGAUUAUAAUUUAACAGAUAAUAUAAAUAAAAAUAGAAAAGAAGAUAUUCUUUUAAAUCAAUAUUUAUUUGAUUAUAUUUUUAAAAAUUAUUGUUAUAAAAAAAAUUAUUGGAAAUUAAAAGAGGAGGGCACUUAUGUAGACUUUGGACAGAUUAAAAACAAAAAUAAAAAAUAUAAGAUAGAUAUUUAUAAUCAUAGUAAAUACAAUAUAAAUGUUGAUGUUGAUAUUGAGAAUGAAUUACCUUUACUCGCUAUUUUUAAGGAUAAACUAUUUUGUGUCAAUUCAAAAUAUACUAUUUAUUUACAAAUAGAUAAAGCAAAAGUUGGAGAAAAGCUAGGUUUUAUUAAUGUUAAAUUUAAAUAUAGAAAUAUAAAUAAAGAGGAUACUAUUAUAAAAAUUCCAGUUUAUAUUUAUAUAGAAGAAUAA